AAGAAGGGUUCAUCUCCUUCUAACAUGUUUAGUACUUUUCAUAUUAGAACCACCAGUGUGACAAAGCAACUGCAUGAUCUGAACACCAACACAGCUUGUGCUCUACUGCUGAAGACACCUUUUCUAAUGCUGACUUUUAUCUUCUAGCAAUCUUAUGACACAGGAACCAUUCCUAGUGAUUGGACUAACGCACUAGUCAGCUCAGUGCACUAGCACUAGUCACUAGCACAGUGUUCAAGAAGGGCGUUAAAAAAGCAUUAGCAAACCAAUCCCCCAUCUCAUUGACUUGCCUUUGAUGUAGGACUGCCAUUGCUGCUAAUCUAAAGCCAGCGAAUAUGGAACGAGGAGCAAACAUGGUAUCUACAGGGCAUCUGCUGGUACUGUGUAUGCUUUUGUCAGUUGCACUUGCUGCAAUCACAAAUAGCUUUGUUCGAGAGAAUGUCAUUGAAGAAUCACAAGUCGGAGUGCAUUGGGCUUUGAUUGUCGCUGGCUCAAAUGGCUAUUACAACUAUAGACAUCAGGCAGACAUUUGCCAUGCUUACCAGAUUCUGCAUAGCAAUGGAAUUCCAGAUGAGCGUAUCGUUGUAAUGAUGUACGAUGAUAUAGCAUAUAGUGAGGAGAACCCUACUCAAGGUAUUAUUGUAAACCAUAUCAAUGGGUCAGAUGUCUACAGGGGAGUACCAAAGGAUUACACUCAAGAAGAUGUUACGCCGGAAAAUUUCCUCAAAAUUCUACAGGGAGAUGAAGAUGGCAUGAAAGGGAUUGGUAGUGGCAAGGUUAUCAAGAGUGGUCCCAAUGAUGACGUCUUUGUCAACUUUGCGGACCACGGUGCGCCUGGAAUUGUUGCAUUCCCAUCGGGUGAACUGACAGCUUCUGCUCUUAAUGAUGCCAUCCAAUCUAUGCAUGAUGCCAGGAAAUAUAAGAAGAUGGUUUUCUAUGUCGAGGCGUGUGAAUCAGGAUCCAUGUUUAGUAACCUACUACCUACUAAUAUCAGUGUUUAUGCCACCACCGCUGCUAACGGUGAAGAAUCUUCGUACGCUUGUUACUAUGACGAUUUUAGAGACACAUAUCUAGGAGACGUGUACAGUGUGAUGUGGAUGGAAGAUUCAGAUGUUGCGGAUCUCUCAAAAGAGACACUCACACAGCAAUAUCAGACUGUGAAACAGAAGACCAAUACUAGCCAUGUGAUGCGGUUUGGAGACGAGAGCAUGGGAACUCUCCCAUUAAUCAAAUUUGAGGGAGAUGGUAAAUCUGCCAUUGCCAAGCCUUUGCAAGAACAAAAGACAGUUCCUCUUGAUGCCAUUCCAUCCCCUGACGUAAAGCUGUCCAUUUUAUCUAAACGGUGGACGAAAGCACCAACCGAGGCAGACAGACACAAGUACCACGCCCUAAUAAAGCAAGAGCUCAAACUAAGAGAAUAUAUAGACACUCGAAUGCGCCAGGUAGUGGACUUCGCUACAAAAAGCACAGAGCAGGCUGACAGAAUCAUGAGCGUCCGUCACCAAUUACGAGACCAUGACUGCUAUGAACCAGUCAUGCAUCACUUCAGCACUACCUGCUUCCCAUUGCACAAGGUGGAGUAUGCACUACGGCAACUGUACACGCUAGUCAACCUGUGUGAAGAGAACAUUCCUCCAUCUAUGACCAUUGAAGCUAUCGAUGUAGCCUGCCUCCACUAACUACUCGUUAUCAGCGAUGCCGGGAAGAAAGCGUACUGUUACCAAUAGCCAUAUAUUACUCUAUGAGUGUGCUAAAAUGAUUACUCAAAACCCAUGGCUAAUUAUAAGAGAAUUUGUGAUAUUCAAUGUUAACUGAUCAUGUUGAUCAUUCAUUUGAUUGCUUGCAGUGUAUUUCUUAAGAUGUGUUAGGUAUUGAAGGAUGUGGCAAUGUGAAAUUUUAUUGCAAAUCUGUGGUAUUAUUCAUAUUCUUCACUUGUACUGACUGAUGCUUAAGAAUGUAUAGUAAUGAUGUGAAGACUAUGAAAUGCUAACAGCUUACAGUUACUGUGCCAAAUCCAGGCCAACUAUUACCACUAGGAAGUGCAGCGUCCAUAAAUUCAAUGCUUUUCUGUAAGCAAUAAAUACUAUUAAUUUGAUAUCUAGAAGAAUUGGAUACGAUUAUAGUUUUCUAUAACUCAUGAGAAAUGUGACAUACACAUGGCAUGUAUGAUGUACCAGUUGUGAAAUUGGAUUGUUAAAUACUCAACAGUGAUGUGUAGAAGUAUGGUUAUGCCUCAUAAUUGGAAACUAUAAAUGCGUAUUUUUGGUAUUAUAUGUGUUGUGGUAAAAUGCCUUUUACUAAAAUAUAGAAUAUGAUUUUUGUCCUAUAAAUUGACUGAUGGUGUUUUGAGUGUAAUUACCUGAAGAUCAGAUGCAAUUGUUUUGUAUAAUGAGGUUUUACUAAUUGGCUCAAUUUUGUAAAGGUGAUGUAUACUUGUUAUCGAUUAUUGAUGGAAAUAUAUAUAUAUAUAUAAUAUAUAUAUAUUACAUGUUAAACAAAUAAAAUUAAUUCUGCUAAA